UUUGAAUCUUAUAUAUUUUCGUUUGUAUUAUAAACAAAAACCCCUUCUUAAAAAAGAAUUCGUUUUUUUUCUCCUUUUUUUUCUUUCUUUCUUACACUUUCAACGAAUAUAUACAUACAUACACACGAAAAAAAAUGACCUCAACUUCCGUACGAGUUGCUUUGAGAGUAAGACCACUCAAUAACAAAGAAACACUACAAAAUUGUAAUGAAUGUUUAACAAUAAUACCUGACGCACCACAAAUACUCAUUGGAACCGAUAAAUCAUUUACAUUUGAUUAUGUAUUCCCAUCGGAUACUGAACAAGAAGAAGUAUUUCAAGAUUGCGUAAGUCCGCUAAUAGAUAAAUUUGUGGAAGGUUAUAAUGUCACAAUAUUAGCAUAUGGUCAAACUGGUAGUGGUAAAACAUAUAGUAUGGGUACUGCUUUAGAUGGUUCAAAUAUUUCACCCGAAAAUCAAGGUAUCGUUCCACGUGCUAUAAGUAAAUUAUUUGCCGUCCUUAACAAACGAAAAGAAAAAAAUCCUACCUUUGAUUUUGAAGUUUAUGUAUCAUUCUUAGAAUUAUAUAAUGAAGAUCUUAUAGACUUACUAAACCCACCAUGUAGAGAAAAUAAUAAAAAAGGAAAGAGUGAUUUAAUGAUAAGAGAAGAUGUAAAUAGUCAAAUAUAUUGGGCUGGUAUAAAAGAAGUUCAAGUUUCGGAUCCAGUUGAACUCUUAGGACAAUUACAAAAGGGUUCACUGUGUCGAACUGUCGCUUCAACAGAUAUGAAUAUGGAAUCUUCAAGAUCACACGCUAUAUUUUCCGUAAUACUGAAACAAACAAGAGUAGAAAAUUUAGAAGAAAAUAAAGAAAAUGAUGCUCCACCACCUGAAACUUUAACCGCUUCAAAAAGAAAGAGUAAACAAAAAUCAUUAACAUCAAAAAUAAUUUCAAAAUUUCAUUUCGUAGAUUUGGCUGGUUCUGAAAGGUUAAAUAGAACUAACGCCGUAGGUGAUAGAGCAAAAGAAGGAAUAGCAAUUAAUGGUAGUUUACUAGCCCUUGGUAAUGUAAUUAGUGCUCUUGGUGAUGAAUCAAGAAAGGUCACUCAUAUUCCUUAUAGAGAUUCAAAAUUAACACGUUUAUUACAAGAUUCACUUGGUGGUAAUAGUCAAACUCUUAUGUUGGCUUGUGUUUCACCAGAUGAUUCUAAUUUAAUGGAAACCUUAAAUACACUAAAAUAUGCUAAUCGUGCUCGUAAUAUUAAGAAUAAAGUUAGUGUUAAUGAAAGUUAUGGUGGUAAUUCUAUUGAAAUAAAUCAAUUACGUGGUCAAAUAAGUAGAUUAAAGAUGGAAAUUCAAACUUUACGAGCUGGUGGUUGUAAUGAAGAAACAAGUCGUAAACAUGAAGAAGAAAUUAAGGUUCUUAAAGGAGAAUUAGGAAUGACAAAAAUGAAACUUCAAAGUGUUGAACAAGAACUUAUCUCUACAAAAGCUGAAAAGAACUCUCUUUUAAUGGAAAUUAGUUUUAAUGAUCAAGAUCUUUCAGAUGCUGAUCGUGAACAUAGGAUUAAAACUCAUCGUAUCGUUCAAGGUUAUGAAUCAGAAAUUAAAGAUCUUAAAGAUCAAAUUUCUGAACUUUUAGCUACUCAAGCUUCUCAACAUUCACGUAAAUCUUCUUUGGCUGGAACAACAACAGGAAGAGAGAAAGGUCAUAUCAAAUUCUCCGAUCCUCAUAAAUAUUCAUCUGAUGAAGAUAUUCAUAAUUUUAAUAAUCAUAAUAAUAAUCAUAAUAAUAAUAAUAAUAAUAAUAAUAAUAAUAAUAAUAAUAAUAAUAAUAAUAAUAAUAAAGAGAAUAAUAAUAAUAAAGAGAAUAAUAAUAAUAAAGAGAAUAGUGAGAAGAAAGGUAAAAAGAAGAAGAAACGUUCUUCGAAGAAAAGUAAGACAAGAGCUGACUUCCCAGUUUCUGAUGAAACUUCUACUACUAAAAUUUCACUUAUUGGCCCUUCCUCAUCUCAUCAUCAACUUGAACAUGUCGUAAAUGAUCAAAGUUUGGAAGAAGCUAAAUCCUUAUUCACACCAUAUGAAGAAGUCGAAGAAAAUAUUGAAGAAGAUGGUGAAGAUGGUGAAAAUGUUGAUAGUGAAUCAUUCAAAUUUACUCGAAAAUUGAGAAGGCGUAGCAAGACAAGAGAUAAGCUUCAAAAGGCCAAGGAACAAUUUAGACAAAGUUACAUGAUAAUAAAGAAUCAAUUAAUAAAACAACCUUCAUCAACUAGGAGAACUAAGAGUGAGAGUUAUAUUGAUCAAAUGAUUUCCAAUCAUCAAAAAGAAAAAAGAAGAUUAAGCAGUGUAUCUUUCAGUGAAAUUCAAACCAUUGAAGCACCAGAAUGGCAAGAAUCUAAUCCACAACCACCACAACCUACUCGUCGUACUUCAAAUUCAAGUCGUUCUGUUAGUUUCUCCGAUCGACCAAUUUCUCCUGGUUCAACUGAAUAUUCUCAAGAUAGCACUGAUUGCUCAUCUCAACAACAAAAUGUUAUUGCUCUUACCCGUAUGUUACAUCAAAUUCAAGCUGAUAUGGUUGUUAAAGAACAACUCGUUUCACAAUUGGAAUGUGCUGAACAAGAAUAUAUUAAUAUGAGAGCUCAAUAUGAACAAAAAUUGGCUGAUAUGCAAGACGCUUUAAUUACCUUACAACAAGAAAGAAAUGCUGCUAUUAAACGUGCUCAAAAUGCUAGUACUGGCGUUAGUACUCGUGAUAAGAAUUCAAUCCUUGCCGAACUUAAAACUCGUUAUGAACACAAGAUGAAACGUUUAAUCCAAGAAAUUGGUGAACUUCGUAGAAAAUAUAAUGAAGCUACUCAAUCUAAUACCACAUCAAGGGAUCGAAAUGAAACAAUACUCAAGAGUAUGCGUGCUCAAAUUGAACAACUAAAAAGUGAAAAGAUGCAAAUGAUGAAGCGUAUGAAGGAUGAAGCUAAACGAGUCCGUGAAAUGACUGAACAUAAUCAACGUGAAAUUCAAAAUCUUCGUCGUAAAGGAAAAUCUGCUCAAGAACAAAAGAAACGUUUUGAAAGAACUAGUGAAAUGCAAAAAAUCAUGCUUGAAAAGAGACAGAAAGAAGUUUUACAAACAAAUAGUAAACUUAAAUCAGUUAUGGCCUUACUCAAACGAACCACUACUCCAAAGUCAAUCACCAAGGCUAUCCGUAAUCACAAACGACAAUCAAUAUCUAAUGAUGAUAACAGAAAGGAAUCGAGACGAUCCUCCGAUGAUUUUAGUCCUAUCUAUGAUGAAGUAUUUGCCAGUGGUUAUGAUAAGAAAAAACUUCUUAAUGAAGCAAUCUAUAAAUAUAUUAGUGGUCGUCAAACAUUGACAAUGAUGGAUGAAUGGAUCGUUAAUAGAAAUAAUUUACAAGAAGAGAAGAAUGAAUUACUUGAAGAACGUGAAAAAAUAAUUACUAGUGAAGUUGGAAAUGAGUUAGGAGGAGAUGUUCAAGCAUUAGAUGAUAAGAUUGAGAUGAUCACCUCGGAAAUUGCUUAUAUUAAUGCUAAGAUUCAUUCUUUACAAUCAAGUAUUGCCGCCAAACAAGAAGAAAAAUCUGCUGAAAAUAGCAAAGAAUCUGAAGAUAAAUCACGAAAGAAUAGUAUCAAGUCUAGUAAAAUUGAAAAGAAACUUUCUUUCAUCUUACCAGAAAAUGCCACACCUAAAGCAUCAUAUGACGUUGCUGUUCGCAUUCUACGAAAUUUGGAUGAAUUUGAAAGGUAUACAAUAUUAGAAUCCUUCUUUAAGGAUAUUAUUGAUCUUCGAACUGGAGAUUAUUCUCGACAAAUGACCUUAGAACAACAAGAAAAGAUAAUUAUGGAAUUAAGAAAAACUUUAUUGGCCAUGCGAAGAGCUGCAGUUCUUACAACAAGUGAAUUCGAAAAGAAAAACAGAGAACUUGAAGAAGCUUUACGUCUCGGUGGAAGAUCACUAAGUCCAUCAACGGAAAAGAGAGAAUUGCAGAUGGAUGAUAAUGAAAAUAGUACUUCCAAUGCCAUUUCUUUAUUUGAUCAUAAAUUAGAUCAAGCUUAUGCAGAAGUCGAAGCUGAAAUAUCAGGAACUUCUGGUCAAAUGGGAUCAUUAUCAAGAUGCAAUUCAUUAUCUGCAAGUUCAGUGAAUACUGGUAAGAAUAGAGCAAAUUUUUCAAGACCGCCAAUACCUCCCGGUUGGUUAAAUCUUCAACCACGUGAAAAAGUACUCGAACAAACUAAUGAAACGACGCCGGACGUUCCAACAAAUCCAAGAAGAAAAGAUUCUGGAAAUAGUGAAUCUAGUGGUGAUAACAAUAAUAAUGUAAAGAGAAGGAGUUUAAGUGGUCGAAGAUUAAAGAGACCAUCUGAUGGUCCAUCUACACCAUCUACACUAUCUACAUCAUCAACACCAAAAGAUGAGAAUAUUUCUCCUUUAGAACGUACAAGAUCACUUAAUAGUCAACCUUUAGAACGCACAAGAUCACUCAAUAGUCAACCUUUAGAACGUACAAGGUCCAUUGGUCAACCUUUGGAACGUACUAGAUCCAGUGAUCAACAUUUAGAACGCGCCAGAGCUGGUGUUCAACUUUCAAGUUCACGACGAAGUUCGCUUUGUGAUGGGUCAACAAUUCUUGCAUAGUCGACAAAGUUGUUCAACAAGCAUGGGUUUCCACUU